UACCUUCCUUAAGUAAUUUAAAUAUUUUUAAAGGCAAAAAAAGGUCCAAUAAUAAAAAAUGGAAAAUAAAGAUAUUAGUAAUACAACUGAGGCCAGCUCAGAAGGGAUAUUAAGUAAUUGUUCCGAGAAAAAUGUAUUCCAUGCAAAAACGAAUACUGAUUUUACUGAAGAAACUUUUGAUUUUCUUGUAAAUAAAAUCAAAACAGAAGAUAAUCCAGAAGAUUUUGCCAGCAUAUCUUUUAUGUCUAUUGAUAAUACAAAUGAAAAACAACAACAAGAUGAAAUGUGUGAAGCCUCUACAUCUUAUGAAAAAAAUGUCAACGAUUCUGAAUCAAAUUUGGAGGAACUUGCAGAUACAAAAUUAGUUGAUGAUAAAAUUAUAAGUAUGCAUACAAGUUCUCCUUCAACAGCAUUGCCAAUAAUGAAAAUAUUAUCUCGAAAAUUAGGACCACAUACUUGUCUUAAAUGCUGUUUUAGGUGUAAAAACGUUUUUCUUUUACUUGAUACUCCUUUACAUAUAUGUCGAAUACGAAGUAUUGAAAAGCAAAAUGAAAUUUUAAAAAUUGAGCCCUCAUUAUGUGCUGAUUCAUGCCUUUGUGAUUUUUGCUGGAUAGCCCUGGAAAAUAUUUACAAAUACAAUAAAUCUAAAAAUAUAAAAGAAGAAACAUAUUCAGAAAAGAAGUAUAGAUUGUUAGAACGUUAUGUGAAGAAAAAUACGGCAAAAAAAAAAAAUCAGGCAAGGAUAUGUUCAAUACAUUUAUGCUCUCGACCUUAUUGUCAUAAAAUGUCUGUAAAAGAGUUUGAAAAUAUUGAAGAAUUAUUAUUAUCAUUUGAGUUUUGUCGUUUAGUUUUCGUACAAUCCACAAAACAAACUACAGACUUCUUGAAAUUUCCCUUUUGUCUUUGUACAAUUCAUCAUACUAUGAUCAUGGUAAUGUCAAAAUGUCAAAUCUGUGGUGACAAACUCAAUGCACCAUUUAACCCUGAUGACUGGUUGAUGUAUAAAAUGUGGAAUUGUGUGUUGAUUGAAAAUAAACUUCCUUUAGUACUGAAACCAGGUAUGUUCAUAUGUGCGACGUGUAAAGGGCACGUUUCUAAAACAAAUCCUGGUUUCCCCCCAACUAUUGACUUGUCACUUUUACGGGGAUAUAUCUGUACAACCAAUGAAGUUCGUUUAAAAUUAUACGGAGAAUCACAAAAUAACUUGUUCAAUAUAUGUCAACAAUCAACAGAUGUGGAAUCUCCCAUUGUUGUUCCUAGGAAUGUCCUUGAAGGACAAAAAAAAUGUGUUCGUUCGACCAAAGUUAAGUUUUCUGAUCCUUUAAUAACUUCAAUUUAUAAUAUUGAAAUUGGCUAUAAUAAAAAUGAUACAGAAUCAAAUGCGAUUGUUAAUCCUGUUUCAAUAAGGAGAAAACAAAGCAAUGGUAUAUGCGGUACUGUUUCUAAUAAAGAUGUAAAGAAACAAAGACUGAAUGAAAAACACAGUUCCAAUGAAAAUAAUUCUACAGAUGAUUAUACUACCAAAUACUACAAAAAUAAAAAUAUUGCUCAUCCAAAAUAAAAUUAAUACACCAAGUACUUUAAAUAUGACUCCCAAUUGUAAAAAUAAAUAUAACCCAAAUCCUGAUAUAUUAGAUUAUGAAAUUAUUUACUAUAGUAUGUGAUACUGAUAAUAACAUUUUAUCGGAUUCUAAAAUAAUGUCUGAAACUGACAGUGAAGAAAUAUUACCUGAUUGUGAAAUAAAAGAAACAGUUUACUUAGUUGUGGUCUCAGGCGAUGAUUGGAGUUAGAUUCUGACUGUGAAUUAAUAAAGUAAUGUUAAAAAAAGAUCAGAUAGUAAAAUAUUAUUGGAUGGGGAGAUAGUUAAAAUGGUGUCUGGAAAUGAGAAUUUAAUGGCAAAAUAUGUAAUUAAACCUUCCGGUAAUAUUAUCGAGGCUUUUUUUUUUCCUGAAUAAAAAAAAAAAAACACAAUUAUUUUGUAUUAAUUGCUUACUGAUUCUUUUUAAAUCAUUAAAUAUGUACCCAGUAAGAUAAAUAGAUAGAUUUAAAUUCAAACAUUAAAAUAUUAAUAAUUACAAUUGUAUAUAUGAUUUAUAUAGUUUU